AUGGUGCACAGCAGCCGCAAACGCAACUUUAACAACAAGCGAAAAGGGCACGAGCCGCGAGAAAACAAGUGGAAGGACGAUCGCGACGCGCCGGGCAACCAGGGCUACCGCGAGGUGCAGAAGGAGAACGAGAAGUACUGGCAGUACUACCGCGAGCAGCAAGUGUUCCCCAUCGAACAGUUCGACGAGUUCCGCGCCGCCCUCCAGAGGGAUCUGCCCGUUUCGUUCCGAUUCCAGGGAUGCCACAAGUGAAUAACUUUAAAUGACAAAUAGCGGUUUCCUUUUUGGCCGGUCCAGGAUUUCUGAUCUCUAAACUUUUUGAUCGCUUGCUUGUAAUAUUUUUUUGAUCGCUUCACGGCGACCAAAAGUGUAGAAAGGGGCGUGGCCUAAUCUGAGACGCGUUUUCUGAAAAUUGCCGCAAUUCCAGCACACUUUUCCGCCAUUUUUGUGUUUGAUAUCGACGAAAGAAGAGGCAUUAAAGAGAGAAAACAUUGAAAUUUUCGUGAAAACGCCGCGUUUGAGACGUUUUUGGCAUAUUUCGCAAUAAGUUCUCCGCGGCCAAUCGCCGCCGCAAUUUCGGAAUUUUCAUAUCGGCCCAUUUGGAUAGUUUUCAGAUGAAAUGAGUGUCGGAAGUGAUUAAGCACGUUAAUACAAGUAUUUUAAGCGUUCAAACGGCUAAAAGUAUCGGCGAAUGACUGAAAUUCGCGCAUUUUCAGCACAAAACUUGAAAAUCGAUUGAAUUGAUUCAUUCUCUGAAUGAAACCUGCUCGUUUUAAGCUCAAAAAGUGCGCGAUGAUUAGUUUAACAAAGUUAUGCAAUUACAUCGUCGAAACCCGUACAAAAUUUGGGUAAUUUUUACGAAAAACAUGAAAAAUAGGGGGUUAAAUUUCUAAUUUCGCGCCAAAAUGGUGAUAAACCGUGCACGCUAGGCCCCACGCACCUUUUUACGUUUUUGGUCGCCGUGCGCUUGCUUGUAAUAUAUUCCGAUCGGGCCCAAACUUUGCACGCUUUUCGGAAUUGGAUUGAAGUAUAUUGGGGCCAAGAUUCAGACCGAUCCGAUUAUGUGGUCCCUAGAUAAAUUGCGGUUAUCUCGGGACCAGAUAAUCGGACGGGUCUGAAACUUUGACCCGCAAUACUUCAAUCCACGUCCGAGAGGCAUGCAAAGUAUCGGUUCGAUCGGAUCAUUGCGCGCGAAAAGACAGGCUUUCGCGCCUGCGUCUCUGCAUUUUCGCACGCAAAUCGCGUCUCUCACGCCCCCAGUUGUUUUUGUAUGCAAUUUCUCAGUCCAGGCAUCGACAGAGCUUCGAAAAGCCUGGCCCUAGAAAAGUUCUAGAAUAUUUUGCAACAGAGGACAGGCUUUCAAUUAGAAAAUUUAAAAAGUGUUCUAUCUAGCCAGCGAGAAAGUGUCAAUUCUUGCAGAGACCGCGAACAACUGAUCCACGAGAUGGAGAAUCGGUUCUUCGGAAAAAUCACCGAAUCCGGAGACACGGCCGUCUGUGUGCCCAAAAGUUUGCCAUGGUAAGCAGCGUUUUUUUUUCUCCGGACUUUUGCAAAAAUUCGCAAUUUUCAGGUACAAAGAGGCGUACCAGACGCCAAUGUCGCGCACGGCGGUCCGCAGUCAUCCGAUCCUCGCUCAACUGCACAACUUCCUCGUCACGGAGGCGGAACUCGGGAAUCUGUCCCGACAGGAGGCGGUCUCGAUGAUUCCGCCGCUCCUGUUGGCCCCGACUUCCGAGCAUUUCGUGCUCGAUUUGUGCGCGGCGCCCGGAUCAAAGACCACUCAGCUGCUCGAGAUGAUCCACGAGAACGACGAGAAUCCCAGUGAGUCUGAGAGGCGUUCGAGCGCAGAAUUUUUGCUAAAUUGCAGGGCCGGACAAGUUUCUGCCCGGGCUUUUCAAAGGCUUUUUGAUGCCUGGACUUUUGACCCAUUUCUAAUAAUCCGAUCGGGCCUAAACUUUGCAGGCUUCUUGGACUGAGAUUGAAGUAUCUUGGGUCCAAGUUUCAUACCGAUCGGAUCAUUUGGUCCCGAGUUAUGUGGAUCAGAGGCCGAAGAAGCCGGAAUUUUGCGAAAAUUGCGGCCUCUUCGGCCUCUGAUCCAAAUAGCUCGGCACUGCACGAUCCGAUCGACCUGAAACUUGGACUGACGAUACUUCAACCAUAGUCCAUAAAGCCUACAAAGUUUGGGCCUGAUCGAAUUGUUACAAGUGGGUCUAAAGCCUUGGCCGAAUAUUGCCCAGCCUUGCUACAUUGUGAAAUAUCCGGUAAGAAAACUGGAAAAUGAAGGGUUUUGUGUUGUUGGUUUUUGUAAAUUUUUGUAAUUUUGCAGAGGGAAUGGUGAUCGCAAACGACGUGGACAUGAAACGGUGCUACAUGCUCAUCCACCACACGCUCAAACGUUUCCGCACCGCCGCGUGUGCCGUCACUUGCGAAGACGCCGCCCGUUUUCCCAAAAUCAUGGACAAGGUACGAAUUUAUGGGAAGCAACUUGUGUAUUAUAGGGGCACCGCACAGAAAUGGCGCUCUGUUGAGAAACUCUUUUUGCAGUGCAAAUUGAGCGACCUCGGGGCCGAGUUUGAAAAAUUAAGCCACGUUUUCAGUGGAAAAUUACUUCGCGGCCUAGAAAUUCGGUCAGAUUGCUAACAGCGCGCCCUUUCUGUCUGGUGCCCCUAUAAUAUUUCAUUUUUGCAAAUUUCCCACUGCUCCCUUUCACAAACAUUUCACAAAUUGUCUCUAGGACGGCGGCGUCGUCCAAUUCGACCGUGUUCUGGCGGACGUGAUCUGUUCGGGCGACGGAACUCUGCGCAAGAAUCCGGAAAUCUGGAAGAAGUGGACGCCGCAGGACGGACUCGGACUCCACAAAAUGCAGAUUGCGAUCGCGCGAAAGGGCGCCCAGCAGCUGAAAGUGGGCGGACGGAUGGUCUACUCGACGUGCUCGAUGAAUCCGAUCGAGGACGAGGCGGUGGUGGCCCAGCUGCUGAGGGACUCGAAAGGAUCCCUACGGCUCGUCGACACGCGCCCGCUGCUGCCCGAAUUGAAGAGGGAACAGGGUGUGAACGCGUGGAAGGUGUACGAUCGUGACAUGAAGUUGUACGAGACGAUCGAAGACGUGCAGGAGGAGAAACUCAAGAAGGUGCUCGUGCGCUCGUGCUUCCCGCCCACACAAGACGAGGCCAAGGACAUGAACUUGCACUACACGUGA